GCGGUUUAUAUACAUGCUUUGAGUUGUCAAAUAUUUCUGCUCUUCCACUAGAGGUCACCAUCAGUCCAUGGUUAAUCUCUUUGCUUUUGUGUUCGCGUGUCUCCGCCUUGUUUUUCGCAGCGGGUGUAGCGUCAAAUGGCUUUGUUCGAACGAUGCUACAGCUCUCAGCCUCCUCUCUGCUUUAGUGGAUAAAAGACGAAACUAAAACGAAUGCUGAUAUCUUGAUGAAUAUUGUCUUUGUUUUUAAACGGAAUAUGGCAAUAGCUUUGGUCCAUGAUUGUCUUCCAACGAUUCUUUUAUAUAUGUUGUUUUUCUUUGGGAGUAUCGCCGACGGGCAGGUUGUAUAUUCAGUGUCGGAAGAAGCAAACCCGGGAACAACAGUCGGCAACCUUGCAAAGGAUUUAAAACUGAAUUUACAGGAUUUACAUAAUCGAGGAUUUCAACUAGUAUCUGGAACAAAUAAGAGGUAUUUCGAUUUAAAUACAAAAACUGGAAUUCUUCAUAUUAAAGACAGAAUCGAUAGAGACGAACUGUGCGGACGGAGCUUAACAUGCUGUCUCCCAUUGGAAGCUAUUGUUAAUGUGCCAUUAAACGUUUACCGUUUUGAAGUUAACAUUAUAGAUAUAAAUGAUAACACACCUACAUUUCGCUCUCCUGUGAAAUAUUUUAAUAUAUCAGAGUCGGCAUUUCCUGGUGAAAGAUUUCCAUUGCCGAAUGCGUUUGACGCGGAUGUGGGCAGUAAUUCGGUAAAGAGCUACAAACUGAGUGCGAAUGAACACUUUUCUCUGGAUGUUCAGAGCGGAGGAGAGCAGAGUGUGUCUGCUGAAUUGGUGCUGCAGAAAGCUUUAGAUCGCGAAAAACAACCAGUGAUCCAGCUCACAGUGACCGCUGUAGACGGAGGGAAACCUCCAAGGUCAGGGACAAUAAAUCUAAUUGUUAAUAUUGAAGAUGUGAAUGAUAACAUUCCAGUGUUCAGUAAACCUCUAUUGAAAGCUCGAGUAGUAGAAAACGCUCCGCUUGGCACCUCCGUAAUCCAAGUUCACGCCAGUGAUCCAGAUGAGGGACUAAACGGUGAAAUCGCAUAUUCAUUAGUGAGCCAAGAUAGCGAUAAUAAUGUAGAUGCAUUCUCGAUAGAUUCUGAAACCGGUCUUAUAACUGUGAAAGGCACUGUAGACUAUGAAAAAGGCGCUGCUGUUGAAAUUAGAGUACAAGCUAAAGACAAAGGCCUUAAACCACGAGCCGCAUACUGCAAAGUGUUGGUGGAGAUAAUGGACAUAAAUGACAAUAGACCAGAAAUUUCUGUUACCUCCUUAGUAAAUACUGUUAAAGAAGAUGCAGCUAAUGGUACAGUGGUUAGUAUGAUAACUGUACUGGAUAAUGAUGCGGGAAAGAAUGGGGAAAUUCAGCUUAAGGUUCGCGAUUCGUUGCCAUUCAAAGUUCAGAACUCGUACAAGAACUAUUAUACUUUAGUGGUUAACGGGCCUUUAGACAGAGAGCGGUUUACCAGAACACAAACAUUUCCUAAUAAAGAAAAGACUGCGGGGAGGAAAUUAUGA